AAGAUUUUGAAAUCCAAAAAACUUAGGCAAUAUGGCGGCGGCUACUAGCGACUUUGAGCCGUGGCUGAGUGAAAAGUUGAGAUCGCUUAAAACUGACGAAGGAGUAUUCGGAUCAUACAUAUCAGGUAUUUUAGAAAGCGAAGACAGUGUGGAUGAGAAAAAAGACGCUUUAGAAGGCAUACUUUCUGAGAUAGUGGAAAAGGACAUUUCAACUCACAUAGAUGAGAUUAUAGAGAAAUGGGAAUCAUGCCGGCCGAAAGAAGAAACCCCAAAGCCAGUAACAGAUGUAGAUGUUCGACUAGCGAAAUUGUUAGAAUCUCAAGCUCCAGCUACAACAACUCGACGAGAAUACACCGAAGAAGAAAAAAAGAUUCGUGAAGCAAUACUGUCUCAGUAUAGUCAGCUCUCUGACAAUGAGGAAGACGUUGUGCAAGAAGAAGAGGCUGUUGGUCCGGACUUAGUAAAGAAUACAAAUGCUGCAGAUGUUCAAGCUGCAGCUCGAGAGCGCCGUGAACAAGCCAGACUUGAUGCCCAGAAGAAGAAGGAAAAAGACAAAGAAGAUAGAGAAAAACAAAAGCAGCUAAAGGAAGAGAAAAAAGAAAAACGUAAGACACAGAAAGGUGAAAGGAAAAGGUAGCGAACUAUCAGAAUGAAUAUGUUUGGCUGUUCAACUCUGCUUUGUGAAUGUGAUAUUAAAGUCCUGUUAAUAUUGCUCAAUAUUGCACAAACGCAAGCUGAACAAUCAUAUACCCAUGUGUCUUAGUAUGUUUAAUCUGUUUUUUAUAUGAUGCAAUCUGUUUAGUUUAAUGAAAAUGGUCAUUUGCAACUAAUACAGAUAUCAACCAUUUUAAUUUUGCAAAAAUAUUGCUGGAAUAACAAUUUGGGAAGUUUCUUUGUUUUCUAUUACUUUUAUAUGAAAUUGCUGAUCCAAUGUAAUAAUGAACUUGUUGACAUAAUAAUUGUUAAUUAUUUGUACGAGUGAAUUUUAAUAUGUUGAUCUAUAUGGUAAAGUUUCCUGUCUUAUCAUUAUGUACAAUUGUUAUUAAAUUUUAAAAUGUACUUGAAACUUCCUUACUGAAUUGUGUACUCUUGGAACACAACUUAUUAAUGAAUGGUGCUCAAUUUGUUCCUUCUUGUAUGAACUAUUUUCAGUUAUUAGUUGCAUUAUUGACCAUACACAAUUCUUUUUACAUUUUACUACUUUCAAAAUUGAAACAAAAAAAAUAAUUUAUGACACAACUUUUGAGAACUGUUUUCAUGUAAAUUGAGUUUAAUAAGCUGAAUAUAAUGAAAAUUUUGAGUAAUUUAUUAUUAUUUGUAUUGUUUUUAUCCAUCAACAGAAAAGGGUAAAAUAGUAAAAUACCAUGUAAUUAUUAACAUAAAUAUACUUAGACUACAAAUAUCAACAUUGCUAAUACCGAAAUAUUCAAAUGUCGCUUAACUUUAGGCAGCACUAAUAAUAUUAAAAUUAAGUGAUGUUUGUAUAUUUGGGCAUAUCUUCUGUCACUGCAGUAUUUUAUACCUCUGUAUUGAAAUAGUGAAUGUGUACAGUAAAAGGUGAAUGUAAUUAAUGCCAUAUAGCCCCCAAUGGUAAUUAUUAAUUUCAUUUUCUCCAUAAUAUUUUCAUAUUUCACUGUACACAAAUUUAUUAUGCUUUUAGUCAUUAUCAUAGUUGUUAUUUAUUAUAAUGCAAUACAUGUGUUAUAAUUCAAUAAAAUCACAUGUGUAUGUAAUAUA